GAAAGUCGAAGGCAGUUGAGUCGGUGGUGGCUACAUGUGGAUAUCCGCCGGUCGCGCCGAGAACUUUCGUAUCAAAGAACAGGCGUAAACUAUACUGUAUAUCUCCCGUCGUAAUCGCGGGACUCGUGACGAAUCGCGCCGUAAACGAGAUUGAUUUGCCGUUAGCCAUGCAGAUGGAUCCAACGACGUUGCAGCUGAUCCAAUUCCUCGAGAGGACCGUCUCAUCGGAUAAGAAUGAGCUCGUGGCAGCGCAGACUUUUCUGCAGCAUGCGGCCGACUCUAAUCUUCAUGAAUUCGUGCAACGACUCAGCGCCGUGCUGGUCACAGUCGGCGCGAGCCCCGUCGCCCGCAUGGCAGCGGGUCUACAGCUCAAAAACCAACUUACCUCCAAGGACCCAGACAUGAAGUUCCAGUACCAGCAACGCUGGCUCACUAUCCCUGCUGAAACAAGGGAUUAUAUCAAGAAAAAUAUUUUAGGAGCAUUAGGAACAGAAAACAAUAGGCCAAGUUCUGCGGCGCAAUGUGUCGCUUAUGUUGCUGUUGCCGAAUUGCCUGUGGGACAAUGGAGCGAAUUAAUUCCAUUGUUAGUCAAUAAUGUUGUCAACCCGUCCAGUACCGAAGUGAUGAAGGAAGCCACUCUAGAGACUAUUGGAUAUAUCUGUCAGGAGAUUGAGAGUGAAGUGCUGGUAUCGCAAUCAAAUGAGAUUCUCACUGCUAUCAUUCACGGUAUGAAGGGUUCCAGUACGUCAAAUCAUGUUCGACUAGCAGCAACAAGCGCCUUAUACAAUUCCCUGGAAUUUACUAAAGGAAAUUUUGAGAAAGAGACAGAACGAAACUUCAUAAUGGAAGUCGUGUGCGAAGCCACUCAGUCCACCAAUACCCAGAUCAGAGUGGCUGCGUUACAGUGUCUUGUGAAAAUUAUGUCACUGUAUUACCAAUAUAUGGAACCAUAUAUGGCUCCAGCACUGUUUCCUAUUACUUUAGAAGCUAUGAAAUCCGACACUGAUGAAGUGGCACUUCAGGGAAUAGAAUUUUGGUCGAACGUAUCUGAUGAGGAAGUUGACUUAUCAAUGGAAGAAGGAGAAGCAUCGGAAGGAGGCCGCCCGCCGCUGAAAGUCUCGCGACAUUAUGCUAAAGGAGCUUUACAAUAUCUUGUACCGGUAUUGAUGAAAAAAUUAACCAAACAAGAAGAGUUCGAUGAUGAAGACGAUUGGAAUCCUUCAAAAGCCGCCGGAGUAUGCUUGAUGCUACUCUCCAGUUGCUGUGAAGAAUCCAUUGUUCCAUUCGUUCUUCCCUUCGUCAAGGAUAACAUUAAGAGUCUCGACUGGAGGUAUAGGGAUGCAGCUCUUAUGGCGUUUGGCUCGAUUCUCGGCGGUUUAGAACCUGCCACAUUGAAACCGUUAGUGGAACAGGCUAUGCCCACUCUCAUCGAGCUGAUGUAUGAUAGUAGUGUGGUCGUUCGGGAUACCGCAGCAUGGACAUUCGGCCGUAUAUGUGAGAUGAUUCCAGAUGCCGCAAUCAAUGAGACCUAUCUGAAACCACUGUUGGAGUCUUUGGUGAAUGGAUUGAAAGCCGAACCGCGCGUCGCUGCCAAUGUAUGCUGGGCAUUUACAGGAUUAGCAGAGGCAAGCUAUGAAUCUGCUGAAGUGAGCGAAGAUGCCACUCAGCCAGAAACAUAUUGCAUGUCACAAUACUUCGAUUUUAUUAUUCAACGACUCUUAGAGACAACGGAUCGACCAGAUGGCGCUCAAGCCAAUUUGAGAUCCGCUGCUUAUGAGGCAUUGAUGGAGAUGGUAAAGAAUUCACCGCGCGACUGUUAUAUGACUGUGCAGAAGACUACAAUGGUGAUACUUGAACGAUUGCAGCAGGUAUUACAGAUGGAGUCGCAUAUACAGAGCCACUCUGAUCGCGCCCAAUACAAUGAUCUGCAGUCAUUGCUCUGUGCAACUUUGCAGUCUGUAUUACGUAAAGUCACUCCAGAAGAUGCACCUCAAAUAUCCGAUGUGAUAAUGACUGCUUUGCUGUCCAUGUUCAACUCGAACUCGUGCAAAUCGGGCGGUGUACAGGAAGAUGCGCUCAUGGCCGUUUCGACUCUGGUCGAAGUAUUGGGUGAAGGCUUUCUAAAAUAUAUGGAGGCAUUCAAGCCUUACCUUUGUCUUGGUCUAAAGAAUUACGCCGAGUACCAAGUGUGCUGUGCUGCGGUCGGUCUCACCGGUGACAUCUGCCGCGCACUGAAGAGCAAAAUGAUACCUUACUGCGACGAGAUUAUGACGCUGUUGCUCGAGAAUCUCAGCAACAACGCCGUCCAUCGAUCAGUUAAACCGCAGAUCUUUUCGGCUUUCGGCGACAUCGCCAUGAGUAUUGGACCAGAGUUCAAGAAAUAUUUGGACGUUGUACUACAGACGCUAGUGCAGGCGUCGCAGGCUAACGUAGAUAGGAGCGACUACGAUAUGAUCGAUUAUUUGAAUGAGUUGCGCGAGGGCGUACUCGAAGCUUACACUGGCAUUGUCCAAGGUCUUCGCGGCGAUGCGAACAAUUGCCCAGACGUUGCUAUCUCUCUUAUCGAGCCGCACGUGCCGUUUAUUAUACAAUUCAUCACUUCGAUAGCACAGGACCGCGAGCAUUCUGACGGCAAUGUGUCAGCUGCGGUGGGCCUACUGGGUGAUCUCGUUAUGGUGUUUGGAGUCAAAUUGUUGCCCAUGGUGGAAACUGAACAGCUUAACGAGCUGUUGGCUAAGGGUAGGAAGUCGCGAACUCACAAAACUAAACAGCUGGCGACUUGGGCUGCGAAGGAGAUUCGGAAGCUCAAGAAUCUCGCCAAUGCUACGUCCAGUUGAUCGCCCCACGGUUGUACUGUCGUGCAAUUUGAUUUGACUAGAAAGCUAUCAAACACAAUACAAAGACAACAAGAUUGGAUGGUGCGGAUGCGAGUUGAUGGAUGUGCGUGAGUCCAAAGCGAUGAUGACGAAAUGGAGUGAUGAGUCUGCACUUGUCCCUAUCUGGCGACGGUAUUUUAUCGAUAUAAUCGGUGUUGAACGCAGCCCAUAUGAUACGAGAAAAAGGGACUUUAGUGAGAAAGUGAGAGUGAGAAUGAGAAAAAGAGAGCGAGAGAGAGAGAGAGAGAGAGAGCGCGCGAGACAAAGAGAGAACAAAAAAAAAAAUAAGUACCUGUCUGCCGGAUGCCGACAACGGAUGAUGAUGAAGAAUGCAAGUAAAUGUUACUGAGAUGAAUGAAUCAAGGCCAAGCGAGAAGUCUGCUGAAAUAAUUCUGAUUGCAAGUAUGCGUGGUACGAACAAACCUGCGGUUUCUAUUCGCGUGAUUGAGAGAUAAAACCUCGAGGAGAGAGGAUGACUUCGAUGGACGAUCACGUGAAAGAAAUGAGCAGAAGAAGAUGCGAGAGAAUGAGAUGCCAAAAGCGCGACAGGAACACCAAGAGAGAUUGGAGGGAGAAUAUAUAUAUAUAUAUAUAUAUGUAUAUGUAUAUGAAUGACGGAGAGAAAAUGAGAGCGAGAGACUCAGGGAGAAUUUCUGAAAUAAAGUGAUAGCAUGAUAAAUACGAGAAAAAGCGUAUGAAAAAUAUAGUAAAAUGUAUGUAUGCAUGUGCGUAUGUGUGAUAUGAGAAAGAGAGAGAGAGAGAGUGAACAAGAAUGUUUUAUUUACGGUAACUUUCGCCGUUGACUCAUUGUAAAGCUCUUACCGAGCUUCUCAAUGAUGUGCAUCAAAUUUUGAAUCGCAGUUUAUAGCUAUAAAGCUUAGAUUUUAUGUAUGAAAGAAUAUCACUUUCCUAUGCAGCGGAAUGAAUGGAUAGCAAGGAAGAGAAAAAGAGAAAGAGAGACUGAAUGCGAUAGAUCAGGAAAAUUGUAAAACUCAUAAAACUAAAUGACCCCUGGUCCGAUUGUGCUACGCGCGUGAUUUGUUGUGUAAUAGUAUGAGAUGAUGUCGUGUAUGUUACUUUUUCCCCGUAAGUGAAUGUCUGUUGAUGUUGGUUGGAUCAUUAAAGUUAAUAUUUUGCUGGCACAAA